AUGGAUUCGAAUAUUAGUUUAAGCACAACAACAAUAUCAUCAGGUUUUCAAUGGACAACAUCAUUUAAUGUAAAUCGUAUCAAGUUUAUCAUACUUUUACUACUUCAACUUCUCUCAAUUCCUUGUUUUCUUUGGAUUUUCUAUCAAUUUGCUCGUCAACGACAACUUCGACAAACUCUCAAUCAUCAUGUCAUUCUUCUUCUUCUGAUCAUCUCUUUUCUUUUUGUUACCAUUGCAUUACCUCUCACCCAAGCAUUUCUCUACACAUCUUAUGUUUAUCCUACAAGUGACAUAUUUUGUUCAUUAUGGACUUGGAUUCAUUAUUCACUCAAUAUUAUCAAUAUGUUUCUCAUGGCAUUUGCAAGUAUUGAACGAAAUUGGCUUAUUUUUCAUCCAAGUAUAGUUCAAAAUAGACGAGGAAAAGUUCUUUUUCAUUAUGGUCCAUUAAUAUUUUGUCUAUUAUAUCCACCUCUAUUUUAUAUCGCAGCAAUAUUCAUC